AUGCACGUACCGGAACAAAGGACAGUAGCUCUUGUCAGUGAACUCGGCGGCAGUGUCGAGUUCCGCGAGGACUACCCCGUGCCUAAACCUGGCCAAAAUGAAGUUUUGGCCAAAGUUAUCUAUACCGGUGUUUGCCAAAGCGAUCUCCACACCAAAAACGGCACUGCUGCCUCGGCUGAGGGCACACCGAUCACGAAGAUCAAGUUACCCCAUAUCGGAGGCCAUGAAGGCGUCGGGCGGAUACUGGCACUAGGCCCAGGGUGCGGAUCGGACCUCAAGGUCGGAGGGUUGGUGGGUAUACGAUUCUCGAGUCGUAUCUGCAGGAGAUGCGAAUACUGUCUGGCAGGGACCGAACAGUAUUGCAUCAAGAGCACCAACCAUCUCCACCAUGAGGAUGGCAGCUUCCAGCAGUAUAUAGCCCUGGAUGCUGAUUAUCUCACGAUUCUACCGGAUGAUGUUGAUCCCAGAGUCAUUGGACCUGUUCUGUGCGCGGGUGUGACGGCCUACAAGGCGGUUCUCAAUGCCAAUAUCCGAGCGGGCAAUUGGCUAGUCGUUGUUGGAGCUGGAGGAGGCCUCGGCCAUUUAGCAGUUCAAUACGCCAAGGCACAAGGAGCCCUUGUCAUCGGUGUCGAUGCCGGUGACAAGCGGGACUUUGUCCUCAAUCUGGGGGCCGUCGAAUUUAUUGAUUUCACCACAGCGGAUCCUGUCCAGCGCGUCCAUGAGAUUACUGGCUUGGGUGCACACGCUGCCGUUGUCACCGCUGGCAGCGCUAAAGCUUUCGCUCAUGCAUGCGAGAUGUUACGUGUCGGAGGGGCCCUGAGCUGCGUGGGAAUCCCUCCGGGACGUCCAACCUUGCAAACACCAAUUUGCACUAUCGUGAUCAAAGGACUUCGGAUUACUGGAAAUUUGGUUGGAUCGUUGAAAGAAUGUAUGGAGGCGGUGGACCUAGUCCGUCGCGGGGUGGUGAAACCAGAGAUCAAGGUCCGGCCGUUCAGGGAAUUGCCUCAAGUGUAUGAGGAGAUGGAGAAGGGGGAUAUAGCGGGGAGAAUUGUGCUUCAGAUAUCAGAGUGA